GGGUACUAGCUACCCUUGCGCGGGAAGGAUCGAAUCCAAGAUGGCGGCCGGAGGAGAGAUAGUAGCGAAAUAUGUCGGACAUAAGAUAUCUAAGGCUCGCUGGGCUUCAGCAAGACAAGGUUCUCUAGAACCGUCAGAUACAUUCACUACCGGUGGAUGGGACGAUCACAGGAACAGGUUAUCUGUGUGGCAAAUAGAGGACAUCCCUGCAGAGCCAGGCGCAGUGACAGGAACCACGCCUAAUGAGCCGAUUCUUGUGGCUGACACAGAACAUAUUGGGGAUGUAACUGAUAUUCAGUAUGUUGGCCCAGAAAGUGUUGUAGUUGCAUCUUCAUCUGGGAAUGUCAGUCUCUAUCAAUAUAACACAAAAAGAAAGGUGAUUUAUAUAGAGCAGGUAUGGGAACGCAUGCAUUUCCACUUGGACCAGUCCUGUCCCUGUACUAGUGUAGCCACAAGCCAGACCUCCUCAGAUAUAAUCACAGCAGGCGAGGACGGGAGGUUGAAUGUACUAAAAACUGGAAAUCAGAACCCAAUAAGAUUUUAUGAUUCGGCAGAUAGCACCUCGAUCAAUGACAUCACCUUUACCACCACGUCUGAGGUUGUUGGUGUCACAUUCAGCGGGCAGGUCAAGAUGUGGGACCUGAGAAACCGCAACAACAAACCAUCAAGAACCAUGCUUCUAUCUGGUGAUCGAGUGCCUCUGUUGUGUGUAGACAAACACCCAACACAACCACACUUGCUGGCAGCUGGCGGACAGGAUGGCGUCCUGAGCAUCUGGGACAUGCGUCAAGAGCAGUACCCGGUCACCCUGCUGGAGGGUCACAGUGCAGAAGUGUGGGAAGUUAAGUUCCAUCCGCAAAAAGCCGAUCACCUGUUCACCUGUUCUGAGGAUGGGUCUGUAUGGCAGUGGGACGGGACGUCAAUGAGUGCACCCUCGGGUCACUCCACCCUUCAUGGUAUCACCAGCAACACCCUUAACCUCACCAGUGCAGCUGACACCUCCGUCAGUCCAUGGCUAUCAGUGGACGCUACUAAACACAGGAUGGAAACAUAUUCACUGCUUGCGGAUAACAGACUGUCAAUCAACUGUUUGGAUAUUGAGUCCCGGCAUCUUCUGUGUGGUAGUGAUUGUGAGGCUAUUUUUGUUAUAUAUGACAUGGUCAUCAGGUAGGAAAUUAGAUAGAAAAUGAUACUAGCAAAACUGCAUCCCUUCCACCCCUUAUAGCGGCAUGUCACCAGUUUACUUCCGGAGGGCCGACGGAAACCUCAACCGACAAUAGACAAAUGAAUCCGCCCUAUUUAACUGGCCAUCCGCUCUAAAUUAUCUGUUACAGCCUCAAAGAAACUUUCAAUACACAUACUGCUUUUACAAUUUUGAAAUAUUUUUCGUUUUCCAUCAGAAAUCAUCGGAAGAUUGUUACGGAACCGACCGGAAGUAAACUGGUGACAAUGCGGCUUUAACAUAUAUUGGCUUAAACCAUAAUGCAUUGCUUCGCAGCCAUUUAUGAUAACUACAAAAGUCAAAACGCGCCAUAUGCAUUAAUACAUAUACACCUUUUUCAAAAAAACGUCAGUGCAAAUGGCUAUUGACAAGUGGCAGUUCUACGACCCAAAGGACCCAUAUUUGUUCCAAAAUUCGGUAAGAUAUAAAUAAAACAUACGACUAUCCAUUUAAUAAUAAUUAAUAUAUGGUUCUGACAUCGCUUGAGUUUAUUUAUCACCUUUAUUUUUACAAAUAAUAAACCACCCAUAAAAACUUUUUCGGUCGUAGAACUGCCAUUUGGCAAUUGCCAUUCGCCGUUUCGCGUUGAAAACCUUUCUGAAAUAAGUGUUUUUCAGAUUCUUCUCUAGGAACCAUAUAAACUUUUACAGGUACACAAACAAAGAUCAUACAAAUCUAAA